AUAUAGCCUCAAUAUUCUCGAAGAAUUUACAAUAUCAUUCAAAAUUAUGUGUAAGACUUUAAUUCACGUUAUUUACGAAUCUACUGUAUCAUGCACAAUCCGAACCAAAAAAGGUCCAGCAAAGAAUGUUGGCAAUAUGUAACCUAUGUACCCCAAAACAACCAACAUAAUAGUUAUCAGUUGAGUGAUCAAGCAAAUAUUAAAAAACGUCUUAAGACUAGGAACGCCACGUUUCAAGUAUUACCAGUUGUUCAAGAUGGAAAUUGGCCACCCCAACAGCUCAAAAGAUGUGGUUGUCCUAAACCUGCAGGGAACGAGCAAGCUUCUGAACCGAAGAAAAAUGAACUGAAUGUACAAAAUGGAAAUACCAAGUGUACAUGUAAAACGUGUACUUUGGUUGAUAUUACUUUUGAUAUUCCCUGUAAAUGUAUUAAAGAUUUAGAUGCUGCACAACCUGGAUUAAACAAUGACAAUUCUGACCUAACUGGAGCCGCAAAUCAAAACCCCCAAACUUCUUGUUCAUGCCAAACGUGUGUUUUGGCCGAUGUUCCUUAUGAUAUUCCCUGUCAAUGUAUUAAAUCAGCAAAGGGAUCACAACCCACACAAAAGAAUAACAAUUCAUUACCUACAACUGGUAAACCUACAGAUAACAACAAACCAUCACUCAAAAGAUGCGGUUGUCCUAAUCCAGUUAAAGAAGAAGUAAAGGUCCAAAAAACGACAAAAGACUGCGGUUGCCCUAUUCCGGGAAAUGAUGAAGUAAAAGUGCAAAAUCAAAACCUGAAUACUAAUCAACCUUCAUCAAAUAUACCACAACCCGCCCAAGCUGUAGGAGACGCUGAAAGAGAAAAUGGAAGUCUUAAUAGUUGUUCGUGCCAAACGUGUCCUCUAACUGAUGUUCCCUAUGAUAUUCCAUGCCAAUGCGUUAAACCAACGGAUGGUACAAAAUUUGCAUCAACAAAAUUCAAUGCUGGCCAAGUUGGGAUAACAGAAAAAAAUCGUGGAGUAAAUUUACAAAAUCAAAAUGUCAAUAAUUCUGUAAAGAAAUGCGGAUGCCCGAAACAAGAUGAUCCAAAUGUACAAAAUCAAAACAUCAAUAAUUUCGGACAAAAUACAAACGCGACAAGGCCUAUUCCGGAGAAUAAUGAAGUAAAAGUGCAAAAUCAAAACGUGAAUACUAAUCAACCUUGUUCAUGCCAAACGUGUCCUUUGGGAGAUGUUCCCUUUGAUGUCCCUUGUCAAUGUGCUAAAUCAACAAAUGCACCACAAUCUACACAAACAAAUGAAAAAGUUGCCGAAGCUGUAGGAGACGCUGACGGGCAAAAUCGAAACCUCAAUAGCUGUUCGUGCCAAACGUGUCCUCUAAGUGAUGUUCCUUUUGAUAUAUCCUGCCCAUGCGAAACACCAAUAGAUGGUACAAAAGCUGUACAAGUUGGAACGGUAAAAAAUGAUGGAGUCAAUACCCAAAAUCAAAACAUUUAUAAGUCUGGACCUAAUAGAACAAUCGAUUAUAAUGGGGCUGUAAAAAAAUGUGGUUGUCCGAUAAAUGGUGAAUUAAAUGUCCAAAAUCAAGAUUUUAAUAAUUCUGCACCUAAUAGAACCAUGGAUAACAACCGUAAUGCAAAUGUUCAAAAUGCAAACGGAAAUACUAAUAAUGAAUCAGUGCCUGUAAAAAAAUGUAAUUGUUUGGUUGGAAAUGCACAGAAUGUGCAAAAUCAAAGUAGAAUCAUAGAUUACAAUCAGAAACCGGUGAAGGAAUGCGGUUGUCCUUACCCGGAAAAGGAUGAAGUAGAUGUGCAAAAUGGGAAAUUCAAUAGUUGUAAUCGCGAAACGUGUCCUAUGGGUGACGUUCGUAAAGGAAAGAAAAGUAAGGAACCUAUAAAGUCCCAAAAUGAGUCUCCUAUACCACUCAAAAACAAAAUGAAUGUACAAAAUGCACAAAAAAAACCUUGUAAAUGCGGAACUUGUCCGUUGGAUGAUAGUCGUUUGAAAUCUGGUUGUAAAUGUGAACAAAGUAAAGAUAGUUUAAAAUUCACAGAUGAAUCUCAAAAGAAUAAUCAGACUUCUUCCGAAUCAGAUUCUUCAUUUCCUAAUAUCAGCGUAGAUCAAGAUGAUGCAGUAUACGUAGAAAAAAUUCGUCAACUAUUAGAAAAUGAAAAAAAAUUAAACAAAGAAAUUAACGAUUUGGAUCGUACAGAAAAAAAGCUUAUAAAACAUACUCAUUCCGAUGAAAGUGGAAGUGGCGAUUACGAAAUAAUAACAUUAAAACGCUUAAAUGGAAAAUUAGAGGAAGACAACGACAACCUUCAAGCUGAAAUUGAAGAUAUCAUAGCUAACAUAAAAUACAUAAAGGAAACCAUGGAAGAACCAAUAAAACAAGAAAUCGAAAAGGAAAAGAAGAAAAUCCGCGAUUUGGAUGAUGAACGUCGUCGCCAACAAGGAAGUUUAGAAUUGAAACAAAUAGCUCAAAGAAAAGAAAUCGAAGCUUUUCGUAAAAAGCUUAACGAUGCUAAAGAAUAUCUUUCCGAGUUAAAUAUGGUAAAUAAAAGAUUGAAGGAAGACUUGUGUAUGUUAAACUGUAGGUGUAAAGAGUUGCAAAGCGAUAUGAUACACCAAAAAUUAAGUGAAAUCCAUACAAUCAGUAGAUUAUCUGCUCAAAAACGCCGUGCUGCCGAAAAAACUUCACGCAAACAUUCGAAAGGAAGUUCUGAUGGGGGUGAUGACAGCGGGAAAGGUGGACGCGGUAUAAGACAUCGUCAAGGAAGUCGACAAUCUACAACUCGAAGUUCGUAUCGUUCAUCGUCGAAAAGUGAAUCCGAUUCACUAGUGUGUCCUAAAGAUAAACCAUGCCCAGCUAAGAAGGGUCCAAAUGAUUUGGAAAUAAUGGCACAAAAUCUUACCAAUUUAAUAGCAGAAGCUACUGAUAACAGAACAUGUCCAUGUGUUAAUGCCGAUCUAAUAGACACUGUAACUUAUAUCAGAGAUUUGAUACAGAUGUUGAAUAAGUCUGAUGAAGGUUCCACUUCCAGCACCGAAAGCUUAGAUCCUUGUAAAUGUGAUGCUACGAAGGAAGAUGUAGCAGAAAAGGAGUCGGUGUAUGAUUUAUCUUUUGGGAGUUCAUCUGAGUGUCAACGUUUCCGUGCUGAAGAUGAUCGCGUUGGUAGGGAGUUGUUAAACCUUUUAUUAGAUUAUUUGGACGUUCAGUUAGGUUGGAACGAAAGUGAAGGUGAAGCUGAAGUCGAACAAGAACCUACAAAACGUGAUGAAACUUCAUCAUAUGAUGAUGUAUGUUCCUGUAUGGAUGAUUGGCUGAAUGAACCUUGUGUUCCAAAAAUGCCAGUUCGAAGACCAUCACCAGUAUCACCAGAUGAUGAAUGUUCAUGUACUAUACAGGAGGAAUCUGUUACACCAGAAAAGGCACCGACACCAAUAAUUAUAAAAUGUUCAUGCUCGAAACUUGUUCAACCCGUAAUUCAGCCCGAAAAGCCCAUCAUAAAGGAAAUAGCUGAAGAGGAGCUCCCUAUAAGUCUUGAAGAGGAACCCGUCGUAGAAGAAGAGUAUUAUCCUGAAGAAUUACUCGAAGAAGAGUAUGAGCAACCUGUAAGUCCUGUUGAAGAAGAAGAAGGUGAAGCUGAAGCCGAACCGGAACCCGAACCAGAACCAGAACCCGAACCAGAAACCGAACCAGAACCCGAACCAGAAGUCGAACCAGUGGAUAAACCACCCGAGGAACCGCCAUGUGAAUGUGGUGGAUUGAAAUUUAUUAGUCAACCUACUGGUAAACCACCAUGUGAAAUGGAAGAAGACAUAUUGUUAGGUGAAGAUGGUGAACCUAUUUUGGAUGCUGAAGGAAAGCCGAUAUUAGAAGAAGGAAUGUUAGUUGAUGAACAAGGUCGUCCCGUAGACGAAACUGGCAAGCCAGUAGAACUAAUGUUAGGUGAAGAUGGAAAACCAUUAGUAGAUGAACAAGGUCACAUGAUCACUCCCAGCGGCCACGUUUUAGAUGCUGCACCGACACCAAUAGAUGCGGCUGGUAAGCCGAUUAUGGACGCAGAGGGUCACGUGGUCUCUCCCAGUGGCCAUGUACUAGAUGUUGGACCCACACCAACUGUUGCUGGUGUUCCAGUUGAUGCGACGGGUAAACCUAUUGUUGACGAACAAGGGCAUCCUAUAGCGCCAGCUGUGGCUGCUGAUGGCACUCCGGCGGAUCGAGUUCCACCCGAAGGAUUAAAAGAGCUUGGAGUACCAGUCGAUGAAACUGGGCGACCAAUGUUAGAUCAAGCACCUGGGGCAGCACCACCAGAUUUAGUCCCAAUAACUGAAGCGGAAACGCUAGCAGGUAUUGUGCCUACCCCUGAUGCAGAAUCUGUGAAAAUUAUCAGCAGAUCAACGGAAGGUGAUUACGUUACAACUGCAGCUGAAUCUGCGGAUGCUUUACACGUAACCACCGAAGGACCGGCAGGAUUAAUAGACACAACUGUUAAAAUGACCGAUUCUGGCCACCUCCAGGUUCUUACAGAUAUGACAGAGUUCGAAGAAGAAGAACCUAUAGAAGAACAAUCUUUAACGCCAACAGACUUAGAGGGUGAAGAGACUGAAGAACCCACUACAGAUGAAAAGGUUGUCUAUGGCUCUGAAGAGGGAGAAUCGGAAUUGGAGUUAAGUGCAAUUGAGCAAGAUGAGGCCAUAUACGGAGAAGAUCAAUUUGGUGAAAUUGAAGGAAUUGAUAUGACUUUAUCGCCUAUUUGCGAAUUAGAAGAAAUAUCUGAGGGAGAAGCUUCUGAGGAAGUUGCCCUAGGAGAGGAAGAAGCUGCCCUAGGAGAGGAAGAAGCUACCCUAGGAGAGGAAGAAGCUGCCCUAGGAGAGGAAGAAGCUGCCCUAGGAGAGGAAGAAGCUGCCCUAGGUGAGGAAGAAGGCGAAGAAUCAAUGCUUCCAAUAGGUGAUAUGGAAGAAGCUGCGCAAGGUGAGGAAGAAGGUGAAGGAUCAAUACUUCCGGUAUGUGAUAUGGAAGAAGCUGGGCAAGGUGAUGAAGAAGGUGAAGCAUCAAUACUUCCGGUCUGUGAAAUGGAAGAAAUUUCUGAGGGUGGUGGUAAAGGUGAUGAAGAAGUGGUAACAUUAAUGCCUCCAAUUGGUGAUAUGGAAGAUUCGCAAGAAGCAUUAGGAAUGGAAGGUGAAAGAAAACCGUGCCCUUGUAAAUCUGAUAAAGCUUGUCAAUGCACAGCGGGAGAUAAGGAAUGUCAAUGUGAUGAUGAAUCACUACGUGAAGGUGAAAUAGUAGGUGAAGGCGAAGUACCAGGUGAAGGGGAAGUGUCAGGUGAAGGAGAAGUGCCAGGUGAAGGAGAAGUGCCAGGUGAAGGAGAAGUUCUAGGUGAAGGAGAAGUGUCAGGUGAAGGAGAAGUACCAGGUGAAGAAAUGAUAGGUGACCAACCAAUAGAUCUUGGAGUCGGUGACAAAGAAAGUGUUGAUCUAAGUACUGGAGAUGUGGAUCGCGAUAAAGAUGUAACUGAAGAUGGUGCUGAUGGCCUGACCGGCGAUGAAAAAAUUUGCAGACCAGAUAUAUGUACUAGUGGUGAUCGCGGAGGUGAUGCACCAUGGCCAUGUGAAUGCAUGAAAGCAACAACACUAUGUGAUGAAUGUUCUAAACAGCCGCGUGAUAAGAAAAGUUCAAAAAUUAAGUUAGAUGUUACAAUCAGUUGCGAACAACCAACCAAGCUAAAAUCAAAGGAUGGUGAAAGUAAGACUAUGACAUCAGGGGUUUCUCGCGGGGUCUGUGCGGAUACCUGCGGAAAUAUUGGCAUUCAAAAGAAUUUCUGCGACUUAAAUGAACCAGAUCAAUCUAAAUCUGGAUGUACCAACGUUACUUGUAAAAAUACAAGUACAUGUCCCGUAUUAAGUCGAAACAAUGGUGCUAGUAAACGCAUUAUGUACAAAGAGAAGGGAGUUGAUUCAAUUGUAGAGAACAAACUAAAUAAAACAACUUGCUGUCCAUGUCCAAGAGAUGCCAGCACUAUGCCCAGCAUCCGAUUAUCUCAACCUUCAAGAAACGUAAAGGAGGACAGAAAAAUUCAAGCACCUUGCGGAAUAUGUAUUGUUCAAAGAGUGGCAGGUGGAGGCUCAUUCUUUGGACCUCCCCCAGGAAAGAAGUGCGAUAAUAGUGCUGGGUAUUCCGAUCAGUCCAGCAUAAGUAAAUCUAACAACUCAGAAAGCAUUUUAGUUAGUCCAUCAUGCACCUCGACUAUAUGUGAAGAACGUGAUAAAUUGGAGAGCUCAAACCCCGAUAAUAAUUCGAAAUGUCUUAAGAGCUGCACUUGCUUGCAAGAAUCAGUUAGUACAAUGCAGUCUUUUGAUAAGAACCACAAGAGUUGUCUACCAGUUAAAUGUGUUCGAGACUGUGCUAUAAAUAUAUGUAGUAGCUCUAUGGGAGCUAAUUCCAAAACAUACCGAGAAGGGAUUGAUAAAUCUUGCAUUCCAACAACCUGUAAAAAAAUGCGCGCUGGUACGACUCAACGGUAUUGUACGCUUGCCACGUGCAAAAAGAAGGAAACAACAAAAAAGUAAUCCAUCACAAGUGUAUUCAGAGUCAAAAAAUCAAAAGGCGUAAAAUCAAUUAUUUUUAUCGAUCUUAAUAUCAACUUGAGCAAAUCAUUUUAUGCAAAUAAUUCAAAUAAGGAAGAAGAAGAGUUUGUGAACAAUAUCUGUCUGUAUCCAGUGGAAUAUUAUUUGUGUAGUUAACAAACUGCGGUAGUAGCCGUUGAUAUUGUUGAAUUACGCUAAUUUCUGUCGACAUCUGUCUUAAUACAUAAAAUAUUUGUGAUUUACUCUAUUGUUGUAAAAAUGACAUAAUAAAUGCUAAUAACAUAACGA